AUGCUCCGAUCUUAUAUGUUGCCACCAAGCCACCACAAUAUUUGUAAUAAAAAUUUCUUGACCAGAAUUGAAUAAUGAAAUGAGAAUGAUUACCAUACAUUGGGCUUUUCACCGGAUUCCCCAGUCUGUAUAUCUUCUGAUCAAAUCAUUUUUCCAAAAAUGUCGGAUAUCCUGUCAGUCUCUCACAUACAAUCAUUUUAUGGAUCAAAAUUAUGCAGCUGAUGUGUGUAUGGAACCGAUGUUCUGGUUUGUUGAUAACUUCACAUAUGCAAUAGGACCUUUAUUUGUGAUUGCUGUUGUUGGACUUACAGCAUCUGUGGUUGUCCUUGCCUAUUGGAUAGGGGUUCCAUACUGGUGGAACAGAAAUUGUUACAUGUGUGUAAUUCUAGUCAUCAUUGGACAUUGGCUGUUGAUAAACAUUUGUUUUCACUAUUACAUGGCAGUUGUUACCCCUGCUGGCUAUCCACCACUGGGUGAAUUGAUUCCAGAAGCUGUUAGUAUUUGUAAAAAAUGUAUUGCUCCUAAACCACCUAGAACUCAUCAUUGUUCAGUAUGUAAUAGGUGCAUUUUGAAAAUGGAUCAUCACUGUCCAUGGCUAAACAAUUGUGUGGGGUACAGAAACCAUAGAUAUUUUUUUCUUUAUAUGGUGUACAUGGUUGCAGGAGUGUUUUUUGUGAUUUUAUGUGGAUUUGAUUUAGCAUAUACUAUGAUUAUGCUCACUCCUUCAGACUCUGAUGAGCCUGAAUUAGAAGGACAUUCUGUGAAGAUUAAUAAAACUGGUGCAUUGAUACCAGUGACUGAUUCACAAUAUUUAGAUAGUUUUCUGCUGGAAGAUGACACAGUUUUAGAAUACAUAAGUCCUUGGAGAAGGAGGGCUGUAGUAUAUAUGGCACUAAUAAAUAGUGGCGUUUUUGUUGCUUUGGGUCUAUUAUCCCUUUGGCACAGUCAGUUGAUAGGAAGAGGUGAAACCAGUAUUGAAGCAAACAUCAACAAAGCAGAGACAGCUAGGUUACGAGAAAUCGGCAGGAAAUACAAAAAUCCUUAUAACUUUGGAAAAAGAAAAAACUGGUUGAUUUUUCUUGGCUUAGUCCAAGGAAGGUCUUUCUUUAAAUAUGUGUUGUUACCGUCAGCCCAUGAGCCUAUUGGUGAUGGACUUACUUGGCACACCAUUCAUGAUGAACAAAUCGAUGAAUGGCCAUAA